GGUACUCGAUUGAAGCGACAUCAGUGUCUGUCGAGUGCGGCGACGAUGGCGUUCCUGGCCAAUUUUGCGUCAGGGUCGCUACUUCCGUGGGGACUGCUAUUGCUCUACUUCGUCCAAUCCUUCCUCCAGAGCUUCCCCAUCACGGCCUACGGCGACUGGCUGUUCAAUGAGAUUCACAUGUCCCCGGCAACGACCAACGUGUACUACGCCCUCACAUUCUUUCCUUGGAACCUCAAGCCUGUGUAUGCCCUCGUAUCGGACAACUUCCCCAUCUUUGGGUACCGGCGCAAGUACUACAUUGUGCUGUGUGAAAUCGGAGCUGCUCUGUCCGUCCUGGCCACCGGUCUCUUCGUUCGGUCCGUGGCAGGUGCGUUUGUUGUGAAAAUGAUCGACUCGUCCUGCGAAGCCUUCACCCAAAUGAUGCUCGGCGUCGUUCUCGUCGACGUUGCGUCUGGAAACCACGAGAAGAGCGGGAACGUCCAAGCAUGGGCGAACGCUGCCAAGAACACGGCGUCCAUCGUGGCGCUCGUCGUUGGCAUCCCCAUUUACGCAAACAAGUCGAUUUCGUCCCGCGAGAUCAUUUGCUGGUCCAGCGUGAUUCCUGUCAUGGGUAUUCUCAUCUCUCUGUACUUGUUGCACGAACCCAGGGUGAGUUUGUUGCCCAGAAGUAGCGCCCACCCGACCAACCCCCAAACGUGUACCUACCUCGUCCACCGAAAAUGGCGAGGCUUCGUCGCAGCAUGCAAACGAAUCAUGUCGGAGCAGCGAGCGUAUGUGCCCGUCAUGAUAUUCUUCUUCCUCUCGAGCGCGCUGCCGUCCGGUGGCUCUGUCUGGUACCAGUACACGUAUUCGCUGCUGAACGACCAAAAGGAGUGCCUGCAGUACGCGUCGCUAGCUGGCAUGAUCGGUCGGGUGCUGGCGUGCCUCAUGUACGCCAAAACGUGCCAUGGCUACAGCAUUCGCACGGUGUUUGCGAUUUCGACCGUCGUGUCAACGGUCGCGAGUUUGCCGCAAGUGCUCUUGGCGCCGCCGAUGGCCCGACUCCCCAUGUCAGUGUGCACGUUUUGCACCAUCGAAUCGUUCGUGACGUCGUUCGCGGGCGAGUUCGCGCUACUCCAGUUGCUCAUUGUGGCCACGUACUUUUGCCCGACCACAGCGACGGGUGGCAACGGCCUCACAUAUGCGCUGUACUUGUCCUUUAUGGACUUUGGCGGCGUCGUGAGUUCUUUCGUCUCUGCAAUCGUCAUCAACGCGCUGGGCAUCACGGAAGACCCGACCACAUUUGUCGUAAACUGGUCCAACCUGUCGUGGCUGGUCGUGAUUGGUGCCGUAUGCAAACUCGCGAUCUUGGCCUUCCUCUGUGUCUUGCCUACCCAAGUCAACGUCCCCGACGACGAGGAAGACCACCAAAUGCAACCCCUCCUGCCUCGAGCAGGCAGUGCAGACGUAUCGCCGUGAGCUACCUCUGGCUAGAUGGGGCACUCGAUGUUAGAGUAGCCACGUUGUCGUGAAUGUCUAUCGGAUCAUGGAAACCUUGCCAACUAUUUCCAUGGGCAAUGCCAACGAUGUACAGAAUGAAUGGACGACUACGUGACUCUCGGUCAAGUCGAUCCGGCGACUCGCACGUGCCGAAACCAUAUCCUGCAAUGCACCCGCCAACGACGCAGUGCAACCGCUCCUC